AUGGCAGCUCCGGGAGCAUUUCUGCUCGGCGUUUGCGCCCUUAUGCUAGCGAUCUCCGUCGCCAAUGCAGAGGCGGCGUCCGUCGUGGUCGGCCUCGCCAAGUGCGCCGACUGCACCAGGAAGAACAUGAAGGCCGAGGAAGCUUUCAAAGGUCUUAAAGUGGCUAUCAAGUGCAAGAACAUCCACGGCGACUACGAGAGCAAGGCGGUGGGCGGCCUCGACGGCACCGGUGCAUUCAGCGUUCCCCUCGCGGCUAACCUCCAUGGCGCCGACUGCGUUGCUCAGCUUCACAGCGCAGCCUCCAACACGCCGUGUACCGGGCAGGAGCCGUCCAAGGUCGUCCCCGUCUCCGGAGGAACCACCUACGGGGUCGUCGCUGGGGCCAAGACUACCACCGCAUCACCAGAGUGCGCGUCGGUGACUAUGUGCGGGCCCAUCAAGAAACAUAUUCUGGAGCAUUUCCAUCACAAGAAGCCCGUGCCACCAAAGCCGGAGCCCAAGCCCCAACCUCACCCAGACUACCACCCCGUCCCUCCCACCCCCACAUAUGGUGGCGGAGGCGGACACCCGGCCACUCCGAUCUAUCAUGCCGAGCCAUCGGAGACCAUGUUGGGUCCAAUCAAGAAGCACAUCCUAGAGCACUUCCACCACAAGAAGCCAGUACCACCGAAGCCAGAGCCCAAGCCACAGCCCCACCCAGACUAUCACCCAGUCCCACCCACCCCUACCUAUGGUGGCGGAGGUGGACACCCCUCAGCCCCGAUCUACCACGCGACACCGUCAGUGCACGUGUUGGGCCCGAUCAAGAAGCACAUCCUAGAUCACUUCCACCACAAGAAGCCCGUGCCACCCAAGCCAGAGCCCAAACCCCAGCCCCACCCAGACUACCACCCCGUCCCACCGACCCCCACCUACGGAAGUGGAGGUGGACAUCCGUCCACCCCGAUCUACCAUGCGACACCAUCCGCGAUAAUGUUGGGGCCGAUCAAGAAGCACAUCCUCGAGCACUUCCACCACAAGAAGCCCGUGCCACCCAAGCCAGAGCCCAAGCCACAACCCCACCCAGACUACCACCCCGUCCCACCAUCCCCCAAAUACGGUGGCGGAGGUGGACACCCCUCCACCCCGAUAUAUCAUGCGACGCCAUCCGCGACAAUGUUGGGCCCGAUCAAGAAGCACAUCCUUGAGCACUUCCACCACAAGAAGCCCGUGCCACCCAAGCCAGAGCCCAAGCCACAACCCCACCCAGACUACCACCCCGUCCCACCCACCCCCAAAUACGGUGGCGGAGGUGGACACCCCUCCACCCCGAUAUACCAUGCGACGCCAUCCGCGACAAUGUUGGGGCCAAUCAAGAAGCACAUCCUUGAGCACUUCCACCACAAGAAGCCCGUGCCACCCAAGCCAGAGCCCAAGCCACAACCCCACCCAGACUACCACCCCGUCCCACCCACCCCCAAAUACGGCGGCGGAGGUGGACAUCCCUCCACCCCGAUAUACCAAGCGACGCCAUCCGCGACAAUGUUGGGCCCGAUCAAAAAGCACAUCUUGGAGCACUUCCACCACAAGAAGCCUGUGCCACCCAAGCCGGAGCCCAAGCCACAGCCUCACCCAGACUACCACCCAGUCCCUCCCACUCCUACCUACGGCGUAGGACACCCUUCGUCUUCAACUCCGAUCUACCACUGA